AGGUCCUCUUACCUUUCCCGCCACUUUCGCCCUCUCCAAUACAAUCUUACCCGCUCGCUCUCGCUCUCACUCUCUGGACAGCGUUGAAGGAGCUGAAGCAAAGAUGUUGUGGGUAGACAAGUACAGACCCAAAAGCUUAGACCAGGUCCUGGUCCACCAAGACAUCGCCCAAAACCUCAAGAAACUGGUCACGGAGCAGGACUGCCCGCAUCUGCUCUUCUAUGGUCCUCCGGGCUCCGGAAAGAAAACCCUAAUCAUGGCCCUCAUUCGUCAGAUGUUCGGCCCUAGCGCUGAGAAGGUGAAGGUGGAGAAUAAGACAUGGAAAGUCGAUGCUGGAAGUAGAACUCUUGAUAUAGAGCUUACCACAUUGUCAAGCACCAACCAUGUGGAACUGAGUCCCAGUGAUGCAGGGUUUCAGGACAGAUAUGUUGUUCAAGAAAUAAUUAAAGAAAUAGCUAAAAAUAGACCUAUUGACACAAAAGGAAAAAGAGGAUUUAAAGUAUUAGUGCUCAAUGAGGUAGACAAACUUUCAAGAGAAGCCCAGCAUUCUCUCCGAAGAACUAUGGAGAAAUAUAGUGCUUAUUGUAGGCUGAUACUAUGCUGCAACAGUUCUUCAAAGGUUACUGAAGCAAUCCGGUCCCGCUGCUUGAAUGUGCGAAUAAAUGCACCAACAGAAGAAGAGAUUGUUGAGGUAUUGGAAUUCAUUGGAAACAAAGAAGGACUGCAACUUCCAUCUGGAUUUGCUGCUCGUAUAGCAGAAAAGUCAAAUCGGAGUUUAAGGAGAGCCAUACUGGCAUUUGAGACUUGCCGUGUCCAACAGUAUCCUUUUACAAGCAAACAAGUAAUACCCCCAAUGGAUUGGGAGGAGUAUAUUGCUGAAAUAGCAUCUGACAUAAUGAAGGAGCAGAGUCCUAAAAGGCUGUUUCAGGUUCGAGGGAAGUUGUAUGAGCUACUUGUUAAUUGUAUUCCACCAGAGAUUAUCUUGAAGAGGCUGCUUUAUGAAUUAUUAAAGAAAUUGGACGCAGAACUAAAACAUGAGGUUUGCCAUUGGGCUGCAUAUUAUGAGCAUAGGAUGUGUCUUGGACAGAAAGCCAUAUUUCACAUUGAAGCAUUUGUGGCGAAGUUCAUGAGCAUUUAUAAGUCUUUUCUCAUUUCAACGUUUGGAUAAAGACCGCCAUGCUAGCUUUUGCAUUUAUCAUGUCACUGGAUGAUGUUAUGGGAAGAUGUUUCACGCCAUCCUUCUGUGCUAAAGCUUUCAGUCCUCCAAUCCAUAGAGGGUGGUUCUGCUGCAUAAAAUGUUGAGGAUUUGUGCAGUACUUGUACUGAGAAAAGAAAUUCCUGUAAGAAUAUUAAUGGGACACGUGAUCUGCUUUUUUAUUGGAUUUAAGAGAAGGUAAUAUAAUCCUAAGAGUAAGAGAAGUUGUUUCUUAUUA